CAACAUCAAGAAUUGGUUAAUUCCGACAAUUUCCCCGGGCAGUUGAGAAGAAGAAAAGAAGGUCGUUAAGACCCAUGCAAAUGUAACUGAAAAAGAAAAAGCAUCUGGGUUGGCGACACGUAUGCUGAGACGUGUCAGCGUCUCUAGUUCUGCUAAAACUUUGAAAAAACCCAACCUGAUAGUCAUAGAUAUCUCUUUUCUCUCUAUUUCCUUCGAUCGAUCUCCCAGCAGCAAAAGAAACACCAAAACCGGAAGCUAAAUUCUUUCAUGUCAAGAAAAUGGCAAGCCCUAAGGGAAUUCAUGAUGAAGCUACAGAAGACUCUGAUUUGACUUUUCCGGCAGCCGACGUUGAUAAAGAAUUGCAUCCCGGGGAAAACCAGAAUUUUGAAGGUGAUCCCAUAUCGUCUGAAGUGGCUACCUCGUCGGAGAACAAGAAGGAACAAGCUGAGCUUGAGCAAAAGAAAAAAGAAAAGAGGAAGAAGGAGGCACUGCAGACGCUCAAAACAACCAUUCUAGUGUCGGCGGCGAUCGUGGCUGUGGCAGGGGUAGUCUGUGCAGUAACCAAGAAGUUGAGAGAGAAAUGAACCCAUUAGCUGGAUAAUAGUUGUAGCUCUGCUCUGAGGUUUUUUUUUUUUUUUUCUUGAAUGUCGUCGGUGUCUUUUUGCCAUCCCCGAAAGGGCAUUCCUUCUUCCAGUGUACUAUUUUGAUGGAAGUUGUGAAACAUGGACAAUUGGACAUAGUGUUACCUUCUUUUAUGUAUUAAUAAAAAAGUACCUUUCUUGAUGAUGAAAUAAACCAGAGUUUUUUUU